UAUGAAUGGUUGAGUCAACUCAACAACACAUCCAUUCAAUCGCCACAACAGCUGUUUGUGUCACAUCUGAUCCCAUUGUGAUUGUGACCACCGAUUGUCUCAUUGCAUGCAUUCCCGCACAAUCUCUGCGCACAUCAGCUCCGCAUCUGAUCCACUCGUUUGCCGUCCGUUUGUCUUCAGGAGCGACACAAACGUCACGUUUAAAUGCCAUUCAAUUUGUGUUGACAUUUGUUUAUGAGUUUUGUUUAUCAUUUCGCGGAUCAACUGAUUUUCUGAAGACAUGUUUUCGGCGCUCAAGCGGUUAGUGUCCCAUCAAAACGAUGGUCACAUGAAGUCGUCGCCAACUGAUCCGGCCAUUCAUCGGUCACCGCACGGCUGCUCACCGAUGGAUCAGUUGCUGCAGAAGAAGUUCGCCAAAGGAGUCCAAUAUAACAUGAAGAUUAUCAUCAAAGGGGACCGAAAUGUGGGCAAAUCUUCGCUGUUUUUGCGAUUACAAGGACUGCCAUUCAAAGAGGAUUACGUGCCCACCGAUGAGAUACAGGUGGCGAGCAUUCAGUGGAACUAUAAGGCGACCGACGAUGUGGUGAAGGUUGAGAUCUGGGAUGUGGUCGAUAAGGGCAAGAAGACCAAGAAAUUGGAUGGACUCAAGUUGGACAACAAGCUGUCGGCGGCCGCAGCGGCCGCACCCGUUGUGCCCGAAGAGGAUCAGCCGGCGCUCGACGCAGAGUUUGUGGACGUCUAUAAGAACACGAAUGGUGUGAUUCUGAUGAUGGAUAUGACCAAACAGUGGACGUUUGAUUACGUGCAGCGAGAGUUGGCUAAAAUGCCCAAAAACAUACCGGUGCUCGUGUUGGCCAAUCACCGCGAUAUGGGUCACCAUCGAGUGGUGAGCGAAGAUCAAGUGAAGGGUUUCAUCGAGAGUAUUGUGGAGGCAAAUGGUGGUGAUGUCGGCGAUUGUGAGCGUCAGAUACGAUACUCGGAGUCGUCGAUGAGGAAUGGUUUUGGUCUCAAGUUUUUGCAUAAGUUCUUCAAUUUGCCAUUUCUUCACUUACAACGAGAGACUCUAUUGAGACAAUUGGAGACUAAUCUCAACGAAAUGCAAACCACUUGCGAAGAACUGGAUUCGUUGCAGGACUCGGACGACCAAAACUAUGAUCUGUUUUUGGAUUUGUUGACAAAUAGGAGGCGACAGAUCGCCGACCAAUUGUCUAAACCUAAAGAGCCAUCUAAUGGUGUGGUUCCGCCUCAACCGCCCAGAAGUAAGUCAAUGCCUAUGAAUUUAAACACCAAACCACACGUGAAUGGCGCCAAUAGUAUGGAACCGGUUGUGAAGCCGACGCCAAGUAUUAUAAUCGGCGCCAAUAAUCCACUUCCGGCCAAAUUCGCGGUCAAUAACUCAUCAAAUUGUGUGCAAAAUAACACUUUGUUAAGCAAUAAGAAUAUUAGCAAUACUUUUCAAAGUGUGGACGAAUUCAUUCCCGACGACGAGCGCUCGUCAUUCAAACAGUUUCUCGAAGAACCGCUCAAUAAUGCCAACAGUGCUCACAAUGACGUCAAAUACGAUGACACCGAUAGUGAUAACGAUAUGAUUGCAAACAAUCCAAUGGUUGCUAAAUACCAGGAAGAACUUGAUCCCGAAGACCAGGACAAUGAUUCUCAUAACGAAAUGAGUAAAUCCACUAUCGAUGACAUUAUUCAAGAGUCAAACAACGCGGCCGCGGAUCAGGAGAAUGAUAUCGAGAAAACAUUGACUGAAACUAAGCACACGUUUAUCUCAAACACUAUAUUCCCUAUGAAUUCACUAAACAGUAGUGGCAUCUCAUCGCCGGUCGACAAUCACUAUACGCCUGUAGUCAACAAUAGCCGAAACACAUCCGCCUCGACGGCUAGCACACUCAACAAUAGCCGAAACACAUCCGCCUCGACGGCUAGUUUGUCCGCAUUCACCACUCAGUCAACGGCGACGCCUACCAGUGUUGACACGUCCGAAAUGGGCAGCGAAUCCGGUUCUGUAAACACCAAAACACAUCACAAAACCCAAAAAACCAAAACUAAAACCAAAAAGAAGUCGAAGCCUAAGAAGAGGUCAACACUAGUAGCCGAAGACGAUGUGGACAAUGGCGGGGACGACGAACAGAGACGGCUCGAAGAGUUUUUGGGACCCGAUCACACGUUUAUCUCAAACACUAUAUUCCCUAUGAAUUCACUAAACAGUAGUGGCAUCUCAUCGCCGGUCGACAAUCACUAUACGCCUGUAGUCAACAAUAGCCGAAACACAUCCGCCUCGACGGCCAGUUCGUCCACAUUCACCACUCAGUCAACGGCGACGCCUACCAGUGUUGACACGUCCGAAAUGGGCAGCGAAUCCGGUUCUGUAAACACCAAAACACAUCGCAAAACCCAAAAAACCAAAACUAAAACCAAAAAGAAGUCGAAGCCUAAGAAGAGGUCAUCACUAGUAGCCGAAGACGAUGUGGACAACGCCGGGGACGACGAACAGAGACGGCUCGAAGAGUUUUUGGGACCCGAUGUGAGUCGUGAAAUGAAGUCAUACGAGGAGUUAUAG